GGCGCACUGCGCAUGCGGGAAAAUGGCGGGACUGGCGUCCUGAGGUGCGCGGGUCACGGUGCUCUCUAGCCCGCCCGCGUCCCACCUCCCGGGGUCGCGUCUGGUCCGCCAGCCGGUCUAGUUAGGCGGCGCCUCUGAGCCGGCCAGGGGCUCGGUUCGUGCUUGACGACGCCCCCUUCUCCCCUCCCGCCCCCCUACCCCCCGGGACCCGGCGUGUUGUGUGUGGGGGGGGCGUCGCCCGAGCGGCGCGGGAGAAGGCGGGAGAGCUCUCGGGGGUGCGAGGCGAGGAGCGACUGGCCAGGCAGCAUGAGUCAGCAGCGGCCGGCGCGGAAGCUGCCCAGCCUGCUCGUGGACCCGGCGGAGGAGACUGUGCGCCGCCGCUGCCGCGACCCCAUCAACGUGGAGGGCCUGCUGAUGAGGGAAGAGUCUCCCUGCACCUGAGAAGUCCUGGUGGUCCUGAAACCCAUCUUAAGCCAAGAACUAUUGAGUAUAAAUAAGAUGAAUGUGUCAUUGCUGUUAACUCAUUGCAAAUCUCCCGAAUUGUAGCCAUCAAAAAUAAGGAUUAAUUUAGAAGAUAAUGUACAAUAUGUGUCCAUGAGAAAAGCACUAAAAGUGAAGAGACCUCGUUUUGAUGUAUCACUGGUUUAUUUAACUCGAAAAUUUAUGGAUCUUGUCAGAUCUGCUCCUGGGGGCAUUCUUGACUUAAACAAGGUUGCAACGAAACUGGGAGUACGAAAACGAAGAGUGUAUGACAUCACCAACGUCUUAGAUGGAAUCAACCUGGUUGAAAAGAAGUCUAAGAACCAUAUUCGGUGGAUAGGCUCUGAUCUUAGCAAUUUUGGAGCAGUGCCCCAACAGAAGAAGCUGCAGGAGGAGCUGUCUGACUUAUCAACAAUGGAAGAUGCCCUGGAUGAGUUAAUCAAGGAUUGUGCUCAGCAAUUGUUUGAGUUGACAGAUGACAAAGAAAAUGAAAGACUAGCAUAUGUGACGUAUCAAGACAUUCAUAGCAUCCAAGCCUUCCAUGAACAGAUUGUAAUCGCAGUUAAAGCACCGGCAGAAACCAGAUUGGAUGUUCCAGCUCCCAGGAAGGAUUCUAUCACAGUACAUAUCAGGAGCACCAAAGGACCCAUUGAUGUUUAUUUAUGUGAAGUGGAGCAGGGUUCCCACUCAAGUAAUAAAACGUCAGACAGUGUAGGGACCUCUUCAUCCAAAAGCAAGCCUUCGGAGCACCCUCAACCUGAGAAAGAAGAAAAUCCUCCACAUCAAAGUGAGGAAGUGCUUGAAGUGAGCAACUGAUGGUGUUUUGACGGUCCAUGCAUGGAGUCUCUUGGACUCCUGUGUGGAUGAAGAUCCUCAGAGCAAUAACUCGUCCCUGCCGUUUUCUCAUUCUUGGUAGCUGCAAGAAGGCCAGGAGUGCCUCCAAGCACUUUGCUCCUUAGAUUCCUGGAUAAUGGUGGUUUCUGCAUUUGAAAACAGCUCUUUUUAUAAUUAUUCACUGUUUUUUUGCCAGUGAAGCAGUCAUCUUGCCUACAGAAAUUACUGAAUCACACGACUGUCACUGAAACAGACAGGCAGGCGGGGUGGACAGCUCCUCGUGGACUCUGCCCUUUGCCAUGCGGAUCGAGUGUUGUUGUCACAAAAGAAGUUGCCUUACAUGGGUUCAUGUCUGCAUGGAUGGGUGUGUGCACACACCUGAUGUGAUGUCUUUGUACAUAUUUGUAUAAUGUCUAGAUCACUUUUGAAAUACGUCUAAGUGAGACUGUUCACCCUUGUACAGCCAAAAUGUAAAUAUGGAAAGUAACAGACAUAUUCUCUAAUUUCUGUGGUAUCUAUAACUUAUUAGAAUCCUCCGAAUGAGGGUUAGAGGAGAGUUUUUUCCCUAACUUCUACAUGUAGAAGUACCAUAAAGAUGUGUGCAGUUAAAGUUUGUGGAUUUAAUGCAAGUAUUUCAGUAUGGUUUCCCAGUGCUAAAAUUGGACUUCAGGCUCCCUACAGAGUCAUUGUGUCCAAGCAGACUGCUGACGUGCCCCAAGCUUUGGGGACAAGUGCAGAAAUGCCAUCAGCUCAUGACUGAAUUCCUUGCAAGACAUGAAUUCAGUCAUGGUGACAGUUGAAAACUAUUUUAACCUUUUUUGCAAGAUUUUGUAAUAUGUUUCUGUACGCAGCCUUGCUUUUCAACCAGAGGGGUUUAUUUACAAUGAGUCAGUGGUCCCCUGCCCUCUCUCCAGCUCUAGUCCCAUGUUCCUGAGCACCUCGCUCUUUCUACCUCAUCGGGUAAGUCAUUACCACUCUGUGCCUCAGUUUACUCAGUAGUUUACCAUUAGACUGUGAGCUCCUUGGGGGACUUUGUCUUAAUCAUUGUUAAGCCCAACGCCUUGCGCCACUCCUGGCAGUUGAAAAGCGCUCGAUAAAUGUUUGAACAAAUUAGGUGAGUGAGUGAGUGAGUGAAUGGUAUAAUUAGACUGAUAAUGCUUGGCUCAUACCAUUCAAAAUUCUUAUAUCAUUCAGAUUCAUAUUUUAAACUUCUCUCACUUUGAAAGAAAGAAUUGAAGUGACGUGAGAUUAGGACCAUGUAGAAAAAAGAGUUAGCUUAGGAAUAAAAAAUCAACAUGCUGGAAAAUCAUGUCAAGUAUGUAGGAUUCGCACACCUCCGAGCUCCAGUGGCUUUUGUAGUCCUGUCCCUCAGCUGAACACCAGCCUCCUCCCUCCUCACAGUCCUUACCAGCUGCCUCUGCAGGCCUUGGCCACGAGGCAGAAGUUGUGUGUGCAGGUCAAGUGCUCCGCGGAGGAUUCCAGGCUCUGCAUUGUAGAUUUGGCAGCUGUCAGUUACGUGUGAUGGCUAAACAUGAGUGGGUGAGGCCACCUAAUGAGAGGGUACCAGCAGGAGAAGAGGAAAGGCCCGUUAGCAUUUAUUUUAAGGGGCAGUACCCACUCCAGUUUCUUGCCUGGAGAUUUCCAUGGGGUCGCUGAAUCGGACGCGACUGAGCAACUUAACACUUUCACUUUCACCAAAGAAAAAGCCUUUCCCAAGAGAGAAAAAAGGAGGAGGGGAAAAAUGGCUGAAGAAGGUGGUACCCCCAAAACCCACAAAGGAAGCAUGGCCACAGGUGAUAGCAUUUUUCUAAGCAGUUCCUUACUUGUGAAAUGUGACAAAGUGUUCUACUUUGCAAAUCAUUCUGAGAGUAAUGUGAGAUUGUGUAAACGAAAGCCCUCUGUAAACUGUAGACAUGUUACAUAAAUGACUUUUUCGUCACUCCAGCUUCUGGUGUUUCGUCUCUUCUUUUCACAACUGUUAAAGUGAGCAUCGUUGAACCGGGCCUCCAGGCUCUUCCUCCCAGCUCUGUCCUCAACAGCACUGCCCAUCUCUGUGCAGGCAUACCUCAUUUUAUGCUUUGCGAUACUGUGAUUUUUAAAAACUGAAGGUUUGGCCCCCCUGUGUCCAGCAAGUCCGUGAGCACUUUUCCUAAAAGCAUUUGCUCAUUUCAUGUCUGUGUGUCACAUUGUGGUAAUUCUUGCAGUAUGUCAGGUUU